AUGAUAAAAGAAUUUCACUUAAAAAGGGAUCCAAUCGCCAGAGACAAUUCACGGAUCUCCUAUGGAAAUUGUUUCCACCUUUAUACUUUGUACCGUGACACAGAUGGAAACGUUCGACAGGCACCAGCAAACGGCUGCCAUUGCAGGCCCAAGAUUAAAAAACUAGAAGAGAAACUGAAGGGCACACAAGAGGAGCUGAGACUGCACAUCCUGAACAUGCACGAACAGGUUGAUAGCAGGCUGCGCAAGAUGGACCGCAAGAGCAAACAUCAGGUCUGCUUGUACGACUAAAUACAUACAAAUAGCUCAUACAUGUUGUGACACUGUAUAUGUUACGUUAGGAAAUCACUGUUGUACCAUUCAAGCAGGAUGUAUACUUAGAACUGGGUUUUUUCAGUCUGAGUGAAGAAGCUUU